CGUUCCUGUUCCGACUGGUCCAUUGAGUCUCGGGUCUUCCGAUCGCCUCUCUUUCUGCUCCCGCUCGACCUACAGGCAGACAGAGUGACCUAUGUAAUGUAUGUAUGCAAUUGGCGAUUGAUCCAUCUUCUCCUUUGCCUUCCCGGGCAUCGCAGUCGGAUGCGCUUUCUUUGCAGCACCACCAAAGCCUUUUUCCGCGCGGGUCCCACUCAUUCACUUACAGACGAAAUUGUUUGCACAAGUCGGGGACUCGGGGCCGUGCAGGUGAGGAGUUUUUGCGGCAAUUCCUCGACAGCCUGCUCUUUCUUUCUCCUUUUUUUUUCGGUUGUUUCUCUGGUGCAAGCGCUGAGAGGGAGCGAGAGAGAAGUAGAGUUGUGGCACACUUGCCCGCCCUGCUGAGAGUGAGUUGCGAGAGGAAGCGAAGACCUAAUAUACAAUCCAUCUUUUCGGUUCCGGAGAAAGAAGAGAAGCGAAGCGAGCAGGUUGCAGAGAGGAGAGUGAGGGGGAGAUAGAGAGAGGGAGAGAGGGACGGAAAGCAGGAAGGGAGGGCGGGUGUAGGGAGGGGAAGGGAAGGGAAGGGAAGGAAAGGAAAGGGAUGAAGAAGAAAAUCGAUUGAGUGGAAGUGGUUAUUUUUUGGGGUCAUGAGUUUCCAAGAUUCAUCCUUUGGAGGAGUACAUCUUUUUCUUCAAUUGUCGGAUUUCAUCAAGAAGCCAGUGACAGGGCCUGUGAAUCGAUAAAGCGCGUGCUGGAGUCAGUGUGUAGGCCAUUGUGCUUUGUUGUGUGUAACAUGGAUUGCCAGGUCUCAUCCUCAUCGUCAUCGUCAGCUAGCUUUGAUUUGAUAGCGUGAUUUUCAUGCUAUGAACUGCAACUCCUCCUUCGUGUCCAUACCCGUAUCUGGAGAGGGCGAACUGCAAUCUACGUCCCGAUGGUAGAUAGAAAUGCCUGUGAUGCCACUUUGCUCCAGAGGGCCCUCUUUAGGCCUGCAGCGACAAUCUUCACCUCGUCCCCCGCCAAUUAUGCGUUGGUAUCGCGGAGUGAAUUGAAGGAAGUUAAUGGUUAUCUCAACAGGAAUUGGAUGUGGCAACCCAUUGGAUCUGCUGAAACAGAACGCAAAAUGGGGAAAUUAUGGUGAGCCGGCCUUUUGCAUGUACCCAGUCUUUCUACCCUUUGCCCACGGAUCGAGAGUCGCCAGAUGGACGAUUACAUGUACACUUGUUUCGAAAGUCGAUGUUGGAUGGAUUGUGGACGGACGACUGUUCUUGGCACCUACUAGUUAAACCCUUCCUCUCCUCUUGAACGAAGUACACGCAGAGCAUGCUGGGGCGCAUCCCUAGAUUAGUACAUUAGGGAGCGUUCCGUGCACGGUCAAUUUUGAUGGAGGCGGGCUUGCAGAUACUGAAGAGAUGGACCAUCAAGGCGCCUCAUGCGACAGCAGAGAGGCCUCCGGAUAAACAAGAAAAGAAAAAGACUCAACAGAGUCCUGCCGAUGUUGAUAUGGAGGGCAGUAAAAGCUCGGACGGAGGCGAUAAGGGGAGUGAGAGCCCACCGAGCCAAUCUGAUACUCCAAAGGAAACAGAGUCACCGAGAUUCCAAGCACUUCUGCGGAUGACCGGAGGGCCAAGGAAGAAGAAACUCGGAAAUGACAUCAAAAGUUACUCUCAUGAAUUGGAUCCGAGGGGAGUUCGAUCACAUGACUACUGGAGGUCGCAUAGUUUCAAUGACUUGGAGAAAUUUCUUGGGGCGUUGCGAGCAAGAUUUAACUCUGCCAAGGAGGAAGUCAACAGUGAACUCGAGGUCUUUGCGGGGGAUCUGGUCGAGAUUCUGGAGAAAAAUGCUGAUCAACCGCCCAAAUGGCAAGAACAGACAGAAGAUUUACUGGUAUUGGCUCGCCAGUGUGCCCUAAUGUCUUCUCAUGAAUUCCGGAAGCACUGUGAAAGUAUCGUGCAGGAACUUGAUGACAAGCGUCAAAUGCUACCCAUGGGAAUACUUAAGCAGCUGCACACGCGAAUGCUCUUUAUUCUCACUCGGUGCACACGUCUGUUACAAUUUCAAAAGGAAAAUGGCUUGGAAGAAGAAGUUCCCACCCACAAGUCACAUCAGCUAACUAAAACGCCUCAACCUCUGGGUCCAUCUCUGGACAGGGCAUGGACUAUGAGGAACAACGAGAACAACAAGAAACAGAAAGAGAAGGGGAAAGGGAAAGUGAAAGUGGUCUCAGACUUUUCACCGCUUAAGGAACCUUUGAAAGAGAAGACACCAAAUUCGUCACCUCCCGUCCCUAUUCUAGAUGCGAAGAAGAGCUCAGGGAAAGGAGAGGAUGAAGGGACGACAUCUGGUAGCACAAAAAAUGGGAAGGUUAAACCAUCUCUCAGCGGGUUGAAGAGUUCGACUUUGCGACAGGAGAAGGUAAUGUCUGAAGUUGAUUCCCUUAUUGCAGAUCGGUUAGCAUCAUGGAAGAAAAACUCCAAUCGAGAGAAGCCGUCGACACCGGAAUCAGCUCGACCUGACUGUGAAGGCAAGUUUAGAAAUAGUAAAAUAUCCCGGAAGGAUUCUCAGGAACGGGACGAUGCAGCUGCAGCCGCCGAAGUGAUGCUGUCAAGAGAUUACAACCAGAACAGCACACCUUCGAGGCAACACAGUACUGGCACCCCUGUUCCCAGAGUAUCAUGGGGCUAUUGGGGUGAUCAGCCAGCUGCUGUCGAAGAUUCGUAUAUGGUGAUCUGUAGAAUAUGUGAAGAGGAAGUUCCUACUCUUACUUUGGAAGAGCAUUCAAGAGUCUGUGCAUUUGCCGACAGGUGUGACCACAAAUCCCAGAGUAUAGAUGAGCGGCUCCGGAGACUGGCUGAAACUCUGGAGAAAAUGCUCGAUAGUUAUACACCAAAAGCCUCUAAUGUUGCUUCUGGCGGAAGUCCCGAGCCAGGGAGGCCUUUUACUGUAACUGCAGGAGAUGUUUUUGAUGGCUUUUAUGACAAGUCAGGAAGUCUCAAUCGCAAAGGCUCUGAAGAUAUGCUGGAAGACCUGCACGAGAUAGAUGCUGCCAGCAUUGAUGAUCCGAAAGGGAGUUUCAACGCCAUCAGCUGCAAAACCCGUUUUGGACCGAAAUCUGAGUUUGGUGUAGCCUCUUCGUCAGGAGGUAGCGUGACUCCUCGCUCACCUAUUGCGACCCCGAGGGCCACCUCUCAGUUCGAUCAAUGGUUGCCGGAACGAAGUAGUUUGGUUGAGCCAGGAGAUCCUGUACAGAUGAACGAGCUAGCGGACAUUGCCCGUUGUAUUGCGAAAUCAGAUCCAGCGGACGCUUAUUCUCCAGCGUACUUAAUCUCCUGCAUGCAGGAUUUAGCUGAAGUUCUUCAGCAGAAUAAAGUUGCGGCACUGACAGUGGACACGUUUGGAAAGCGUAUUCAAAAAUUGCUGAGGGAGAAGUACCAGUUGGUGUGUGAUAUGGUUGAACAAAAUAGUCUCGACACAUCAAGCAAUGUUCUCGACGACGAUGGUCCCAUGGAAGACGAUGGAUUUCCAAGUGAUAAGUCUACCCCAGUGCACCCUUCAGCUUACAAGGAUCGAACAACAAUAGAUGAUUUUGAAAUAAUAAAGCCAAUAAGUCGUGGUGCCUUUGGGAGGGUGUUUCUUGCAAGGAAAAGGACUACCGGUGAUCUUUUUGCUAUAAAGGUUCUAAGAAAGGUGGACAUGAUUCGCAAGAAUGCAGUGGAAAGUGUGCAAGCCGAGAGAAACAUCCUCAUAUCAGCUAGGAAUCCCUUUGUGGUGCGUUUCUUUUAUUCAUUCACCUGCAAGGAUAACCUCUAUCUAGUGAUGGAAUAUCUAAAUGGUGGGGACCUUUACUCCAUGAUGAGAGCUUUUGUAUGUCUGGACGAGGAUGUGGCUCGUGUGUAUAUCGCGGAGUUGGUUCUGGCUCUUGAGUACCUUCACUCCCUGGGUGUAGUCCACCGUGACUUGAAACCGGAUAACCUUUUGAUCGCCCACGACGGACAUAUUAAGCUAACAGAUUUUGGGCUCUCAAGAGUUGGUCUUAUUAACAGUACUGAUGACCUAUCCGGGCCAGCUGCGAGUGGAAUUCAUGUGGAAGAGUCGUGGCAGGCUGCUGAAGAACAUGCAAAGCAACGAGAAAGGAGGCAGCAACAAUCAGCAGUGGGAACUCCGGACUACCUGGCUCCUGAAAUUUUGCUUGGAACUGGUCAUGGCACUACUGCUGAUUGGUGGUCCACGGGAGUUAUUCUGUUUGAGUUUCUCACUGGCAUACCACCUUUCAACGCAGAGCACCCGCAGGUAAUUUUUGACAAUAUUCUCAAUCGAAAAAUACCUUGGCCUCACGUGCCCGAAGAAAUGUCGUACGAGGCGCAAGAUCUGAUAGAUCGUCUUCUGAGAGAGGAUCCAAAUGAGCGUCUUGGAGCUAAGGGUGCUGCUGAGGUUAAAGCACAUCCUUUCUUCAAAGACAUCAAUUGGGAUACUCUGGCCCGACAAAAAGCAGCGUUUGUUCCGAGCCCCGAUACUGCGCAUGACACGAGUUAUUUUACGUCACGACACUCAUGGAAUCAAAUAGAUGCACGUGUUUUCCCCGAACAAGAGGGAGAUUCUUCUGAUUAUGAUUGUAGUGGUAGUAGUGGAAGCAGCAGUUCUAUGGAUACGAGGCGAGAGGAAGGGAUAGACGAAUGUCGUGAAAUGCCAUUUAUGGAAACAUCUGCUGGUGUUCAGCAAUUUACGUUCAGCAAUUUUUCUUUCAAGAAUUUAUCACAGCUUGCAUCAAUCAACUAUGAUCUUCUUUUACAAACUGAAAGGAAUUCUCCGAAGGGCCCAAGUUGAAUGUGGUUGCUGGACCAGUAUUCUUCGUUUUUUGGAUCCUUGGUGUCGAUCCGAGGAAGGCCAUUUAAUGGAGCAACCUGGCAGCAAACGCAUGGUCAAUCCUGUGGGUGGCCUUCUGAAUCACAUGUACUAUAUGUAAUAUGUAACCCAAUUAUUGAAGUCAUUUUUAACCUUGUCACUCUUAAUUAUGCUAGUCGUCAGUCACUUGAAAGGAGUAAUCGAUCUUGUCAGGCUCAUUGAAAUGUUCGGAAUUAGUUUGUGCUCUGCUUGUUUCUUCUUUACUGAUAAUGAGACUUGAAAUCAUCCCUGGGACCCGUACGUUUCAUGUCAAACCUCUCUGGCCUAAGAACGUUAUGAAGUCUUAUCUGUUGCUUAUUCAAGAGGGCCCAGAUCCCAUGGUUGACUCUGGAGGCAGGUGGGAUCAGAAGACCUUGUGUUCGUCCAGUGUUCUUGGUCAGAGCCACAUUUGUGGGGAGAUGCCGCCAGAUGUAUCAUUUGUCAUUCGAGUUUAGAUUUGUAGGUCUGUCCGUGAUCAUGUAGGAAGGGGUGUGACCUUUGCACACCAUGGACUCUCGUUUGUGGUUGCUACAUGAUCAUGUAGUAACCCUUUACAGCAGCCUGAGUGUGGGCUUUACUUCAUAGUAUGCUUUAGUUUGAAUGAAUGUAUGGCUCCUCCAUUAACUAACUUCUACGUGGAGGAGUAUUCUGAUCUGAUGAGGAAGUUUAAAUGUCAUGGAGCAAGGUU